AUGCGUCCUUUAGAUAAAAAGAUAUUAAGCAAUCGAAACGAAAAGAAAGACAAGAAAGGAACUGAAGAAGUUGGAAUCCCAACAGUAUUCACUCCAGUUCCUUCGGAUGAGUGUUCACUUGUCGAACAACAAUUCCAUCGAAAUCUUCGUGAUCUACCACAAUUGACUUCUGAACAGUCAUCGGACGUCGUCACCACUGAAAAAACGAAUUCAGUUCCCACUGAGCUCAAAAAAGUCGCACCUGAAAAUCAGCAUCAGUAUCCGCCGUUCUAUACUCGUGAGCUGACAAGAAUGGCAUUGAUCCGUGUGUACUUCAUGCAGAACUUGUACACUUCCUUCGAACUGUCAACUGAUCGGACGCUUUUAAUUUUGCUUCGUUUCGUCAUUAAAGGAAUUUCCAAAGAAAUUCGAAACAAAUUUUCAUUCUACGUCUUCGCAUCGCCGUAUGACGUCAUCUGGAAACGUCCAAGAUGCGAGUUGAUGAAGAAACCACCGCCGAGUAGCAUGUUCCGACAGAUUCUGACGCCAUCUCAAAUGAAUCGGACACUUGGAGAACUGUUCAAAGAGACGAGAACAGAAGGUUUAGACACUAUGAACAUUUAUAUUUUCAUCAAAGAUAUGGACGAUACUAUCGCAGCCGACGAGGUCUCUCUCAAACACAAAUGUUGGAAGUAUCAGCAAGUCGUCGAAUAG